CGCCACCUCCAAACGUACUCGCAGACGGGAUUCCAGUCGCUGCUCCUUGCUGCUGUGAACAAGGAGCGAGCUGCAUGCGGCCUCCCGUCGCUCUGUAUGAGCAGCAAGUUGCAGUCCGCGGCCCAGAAACACUCGAACGACAUGGCGGCCAAGAACUACAUGAGCCACACGGGCUCUGACGGCUCCUCGAUGUCGCAGCGCAUCACUGCCUCGGGGUACCAAUGGACGGACAUCGCUGAGAAUGUAGCGGCCGGGCAGAAGGACGUGGCGGCAGUCAUGAAGUCCUGGAUGAACUCAGCCGGCCACAAGCAGAACAUCCUCAGCAAGGACUACACCAUGUUCGGCUGCGGCUACGCGUACAGUGCCAAGAGCAGCUACAAGCACUACUGGACCCAGGAUUUUGGUGCUGGCAGCGGUGAAUCCUGC